GUGAAAAUGAUAAAAAUGCAAUUAAUAUUAACGCUAGCAUGUUUCGUGAGUGCGUUCGCAAAACAGCCUCCCGCACCUCAAAUUCUUGAUCCGGAGGAAGACUACAAUGUUAUGGAUAAAAUUAUAAGUAACAAUGAUUUCCUUCAAAAAACCAAUAAAGGGAGCUCAAAGGGAAAAGAUCCAGAAUUAUACGAAGGCGACAUUAUCAUGACGGAUAAACUGCAAAAAACAAUGGAAGAAAUGCGAAUUCGUUCUGAGGCUGGCAUGAGCACAUUUGAUGCUAUUGCUGGAGGAGUGUGGCCAAAUGGCGUGGUACCAUACAAAUUUGGACGAGGCUUCAGUUACCAAUCCGCUGUGAAGCAAGGUAUUGAUGAAUAUAACAAGAAAACAUGUAUUCGGUUUAAACCAUACACCGCGGCACUUGCCAGACAAGCUGGCGGUUAUGUCGAAUUCGUGCACGGAGGAGGGUGGGUAAAAGUACUAUAUCGUGUUUCUUCUCCUGUGAGAUUAAACAAAAGUAGAAAUUUAAUAAGAUGUUACUCACUUUGCAGGUGUUCCUCUUACAUUGGUCGACAACGGGGUAGGCAACAAAUUUCAUUGGGUAGAGGUUGUGGUUCUAAAGGCGUGGCUGUGCAUGAAAUGAUGCACGCGUUAGGAUUUUACCACGAACAAUCUAGAAGGGACCGUGAUGAUUAUAUUACUAUUAAUUGGAACAACAUCAACAAAGCUGUUUGGUACAACUUUCAAAAGUACAGAGCUGGACAAGCCUCUACUCUUGGCGAGCCUUAUGACAAAAGAUCUGUAAUGCAUUAUGGGAACUACGCAUUCAGCUUAAAUGGUCAAAAAACAAUAGUUUCUAAAAGCAAUCCUUCAGAACGAUUAGGCCAAAGAGUUGGGUUGAGUGAUAUCGAUGUUAAACAGUUAAAAAAGUAUUACAAAUGUGGAGGAGGACCCGUGGUCACGAGCCGCCCUCCUACUGCUUGCAGCAAUUUAUAUCCGUUCUGUAAAGUAUUAACAAAAUGGUGUACAAACCAAUGGGUUAAAGGAAAUUGCAAACAAUCCUGCAACCUUUGCAACAAACCUCCACCACCACCAUGCAAUGAUAAAAACAAAAGUGGAAACUGCGGAUACUGGACACGAGCUGGAUAUUGUAAACAUAAAGAAUAUAAAGGAUUUAUGCAAGAUAACUGUAAAAAAUCAUGUAAAUUAUGUUAAACUAAUAUAUUCCUAGAAAUUGAAUAAGAUACAA